CUGGCUUCUGGACUAGCUGCUGGGGAAGCUUCGGGGUGGGGGGGAGGGCGCGCCAGGGGACUGCGCUGCGCCCCACCUGCCCUGCCCUGGACGCAGCCCGGGGGCGAGGUAUCGAGGGACCUCCUCGAGUCAAUAUUGUGAUUUUUAAUAAACCAAGGAAUGGGAUUUUAAUUAUUCAAAAACACAGCUCCUCCAGCCAGAUGCUGUUGGGAUAGUGCCGGUCACACAGUAUUAAAGCGACAGACCACUAAGAAACCGAGAAAAGCGUCCGAGACAUCCUUUGCAAUUACGAACGAACCAGACUUGGUAGCACUGGGCACCGACUGCUGGUGCCAUCCGGACCCUCCUCCCCUCUCCCUGGGCCGCCCCCCCACCCCACCGGAGGCAGGCUCCCGCGGCGCGGCCAGGACCUGGCGUCCUUGUCUCGUGGCCUGGGCUGCGUUUUUACAUGAGCCCGGGGUGAACAGGUGCGAAGUGCGCUGAGAGCAUCCGGCCCACGGCCGCGCGCGGAGCAUGGAGAGCGAGCGCGACAUGUACCGCCAGUUCCAGGACUGGUGCCUUAGGACUUACGGGGACUCGGGCAAGACCAAGACAGUGACCCGCAAAAAAUACGAGCGGAUCGUUCAGCUCCUCAAUGGCUCCGAGUCCAGCUCCACGGACAACGCCAAAUUUAAAUUCUGGGUCAAAUCCAAGGGUUUCCAGCUGGGCCAGCCGGAUGAGGUCCGCGGGGGAGGCGGCGGCGCCAAGCAAGUGCUCUACGUGCGGGUCAAGACCACGGAUGGCGUAGGUGUGGAUGAGAAGCUGUCUUUAAGGCGCGUAGCUGUGGUUGAAGAUUUCUUUGACAUUAUCUAUUCGAUGCAUGUGGAAACAGGGCCGAAUGGAGAACAAAUUCGAAAACACGCUGGACAAAAGAGAACUUACAAAGCGAUACAGAAAAAUGUGUGAAAUGCUCAAAGUUUCAAAUACAG